GAAGCAAUAAGCACCAAAUCGAAACCCCAAACAAGCAGGAAGCAGCUGACAAUCAGUUUCCCGCCCACAGCACAGCACAGCACAUAUCUGAUUCAUCCAUGGCAGACAACAAAAAACGCCGCCGAACAGAGCCAACCGACGAAACACUCCCCUUCAAAAACAAACUGAAACCAGAUUCAGCAAUCCUCGAAAUCCUAACACAAUUGAAAAACGCAUGCUCAUCUUCCUCAGGAACCAAAACCCUAACACUCGAAGACCUCUCUCUCCCUUUCACAUGCCGCGAAGUCGCAGACCUCUCCCUCUCCUCCGUUCAAACUAACAUCGAAUCCCUUAUCUUGAAGAUCGCUCACUCUAUCCUCUCCGGCAACGGAUUCGCCUUCGAUGUUCCCUCUCGCUCCUCCGCUAAUCAGCUUUAUGUUCCUGAACUUGACCGUAUCGUUCUUAAGGAGAAAUCUUCUCUUCGUCCUUUUGCUAAUAUCUCUACUGUUCGUAAAUCUGCUAUUACUGCUCGUAUUGUACAGCUCAUCCAUCAGCUUUGCCUCAAAGGGAUACAUGUCACCAAGCGUGAUCUCUUCUACACAGAUGUUAAGCUCUUUCAAGAUCAGAUCCAAUCUGAUGCAGUUCUGGAUGAUGUAUCGUGCAUGCUGGGCUGCACACGUUCAAGCCUCAAUGUUGUUGCAGCGGAGAAAGGGGUGGUUGUGGGAAGGUUGAUUUUCAGUGACAAUGGAGAUAUGAUUGAUUGCACCAAAAUGGGUAUGGGUGGAAAGGCAAUUCCGCCGAAUAUAGAUAGAGUUGGGGAUAUGUCGAGUGAUGCUCUGUUCAUUCUCUUGGUGGAGAAGGAUGCUGCUUAUAUGAGGUUGGCUGAAGAUAGGUUCUACAACCGAUUUCCGUGUAUAAUUGUGACGGCAAAGGGGCAACCCGAUGUUUCCACGAGGCUGUUCUUGAGGAAGAUGAAGACUGAGUUGAAGCUUCCAGUGUUGGCUCUUGUGGAUAGUGAUCCUUAUGGAUUAAAGAUUUUAUCGGUUUAUGGCUGUGGGUCGAAGAAUAUGUCCUACGACAGUGCUCACUUGACCACCCCUGAUAUAAAAUGGCUAGGGGUUAGGCCUAGUGAUUUGGACAAGUACAAGAUACCCGAACAGUGUAGGUUGCCUAUGACUGAGCAGGAUAUUAAGACUGGGAAGGACUUGUUGGAGGAGGAUUUUGUCAAGAAGAAUCCUGGUUGGGUUGAGGAAUUGACAUUGAUGGUUAAAACUAAGCAGAAGGCUGAAAUACAGGCUUUGAGCACCUUUGGUUUUCAAUAUCUUUCUGAAGUUUAUUUGCCAUUGAAAUUGCAGCAGCAGGAUUGGCUGUGAGUAAUGUAACAUUUAAGAAUUUAGAUGCUGGUUAUUUCAUAACGUGUCUCACCAGCUUAGUGAUGUGCUGUAGCACCAAUUUACAGUGGAAUGUGGAUGAAUGUCUAAUUAUCGUCCAUUAAAAAAUUGUUCAGUAUCUUCAGUUCAAAAGAUCAUGUUAAUGGUCUAUGAUUUUUCAGACCGAGUUUUUAACUUUUGUCUUAUCGUUUUCUUCUUAUCAAUGCAUCAGUAAACAGGGGACCAACUUUAGUGAAAUCCAAAAACCUGAGUGUUUCUGGAUUGCUUGAGUUUCUCUUGAUUUUGCUUAUAAUUCUGAACUGAAAGUAGUGCUAUAGCAAUUGUGUCUGAUGACUGCUAGUGCAACUCUGCAAAAGAAAUUGAAAAACUAACCGUCCUGUUGUAUACUGAGAUAACCCCAACACUUUUUGUGGUGAUUGAUGAACGGUAUCAUCAAAAUACAUCUGAUUAUGGUUUGGCUAAUUGUUGCCCAGUUGUGGAAAACAGCCAUCUAUCAGCAAGGUUUAUGGACACCUUUGGUUGUUGUGCUCCAGAAUCUGCAGUUGAUUGGUCAACUAUCUCUGAAAUAAGAUGUUUAUAGCUUUGAUAUUGUUCUUUCCAGAAGUAAUUACUGGAAGGAAGCGAUUGGCAAUACAAAAUCUGCAGUGACCAUUCUGGUUUCUGAAUGGCUCUUUUGCUGAUUAAUGGUGAAGAUUAAAUAGGUAGACUAGAGGUAAGUAUAUCCAUAUGAAUUAGUCAUGCUUAAAAGUUGGAACAUUUAUAGUUUUUGGUUUCCUUUCAAGAGUAAUGAAACACAUAGGUAAUAAAGAAUGUACAAUGUUUUAGAGAAAAAUUAUGUAACAGUGAUUCAGUAUUCCUCUCAUUGGGUUCUUUUUCUCUUUCAGACUUUUCUUUUAGGAGUUUGUGUGUUCUCUUAGUUAUAAGUUAUUCUUGUGUCAUAAAUAUAUAAGAAAUUAACCACAAA